ACCGGUACUCCCGAGAGCACUCAAGCAGGGCAAGACCAAACGGAUCUCCGAAGAAGGAUGAGCGACGAACCAUCUCAAGUCACAGUCGUCACAGUUAAACAUCGCUUUCCUAACCGUUUCGAUUCGUGCUGGCAACCCGAGUGUGGAGAGGAAUGGGGAAGGCUUCCCCAACCUUCUCAAAGCAAUCAGAGCGAACAUCAACAAUCGGUGGAGCUGUGGAUGAAGUGGCAAACCCAUAAAAUCAAAUCACCAGGUACACAGAUACCACAACCACUACACAUAAGUCACACGCCCCACUAGCUAGCAUGGCCACUGCUCAAGUAAUGCUUCCCUCUACUGGUUUGCUCCAGGGCGAAGCCGCUCCCCAGCAUCAACAUCAAGAAGAAGACCUGUUCGACGGCCUCGACAGCUACGCCGCCUGCUUUUGCUGCAACCCAUUCGAGAACCUGCUUCCCGAGUCCAUCACACUGAAAGGACAAGCCUUUGACGCUAUUCUUGUACGAAACGCCGUGACUGGACAGGUUGCCAGCAGCGCCUUCUUCCUUCACUUUGAACACCCAACAACACCUUAUCCACCAACCGCUACGGCUGUCUCCAAUCCCAAUGCCGCUUGCGAAGCACUGCUAGAAGUGGAGGACGAGAAACUGGGGAAGGUCUACUUCACAAUCCAAUACGAUCCCAUCACCAAGAAGAGCCAACUGCAACAACCACCUCACUGCCAAUGCAUGAACCAACAGCAACACGACGAGACUUGCUCCACCGACUCCUUGGAGCUGCUGAGCAACCUUCUCCAACCGGGAAAGAACCCUGUUCGCUAUUUGUUUCGCAACAAGCAAAAGGGAGUCCUGGGGGUGGCAAAUGCAUCCAUCUACUUGUGGAGCGACAGUGAUCGAUUGGUGGUGUGCGAUGUCGAUGGUACCAUCACCAAGAGCAACGUCAAGGGAUUGCUCGAUACAUUGGUUACCGAGAAGUACUCUUACUGUCACGAUCGAGUAUGCCGUUUCUUGUCCAAUUUGAAAGAGCGUGCUUCGAUCAAGGCUGCUGCGGACGGAGCCCAAGUCAACUUUCUCUACUUGAGUUCUCGUCCCUUGAUGAUUGCCAACUCCACCCGCAAGUUCCUCUCCAAUGUGCGACAGCCAACGGACUGUGCCUCUUCGGAAUACAAGUUGCCCGAAGGGCCUCUUAUUGGAUUCGGAGGACGCUUGUCGGAAGUCAUGAAGAUGGAGCUCGUCACUCAUUCCGUUCACCUGUUCAAGGCUUCAACCUUGAUCGACCAAGUCGUCGCACCCUUCUGCAAGGUCUCGGAGAACCCGCAAGCGAAGCACCAAUCCUUGUUUGUGGCGGGCUUUGGAAAUACAUUCAUGGAUGUCCAAGCCUACCACAUGGCCGGAUUGGAGCUCUCCAAGAUCUACUUGAUUGACAAAAAGUCUCGCAUCUCCUGUUUGGAUGCUGACACAUCCAUUGUGGCGGAGCAAGAAAUUGCUCUCCUCAAGGCCAAGUCCAAGAAAAGGUCACGACGCAUCAGCUGGCGCCCCAAGGGACUCGGCUCGUUGUCAAGCUUUAGCAAUCACAGCAGCAACCACAUCACUACUAUCCACAGCCGUACAAGCGUGGAUCCUAGUAGCGGAGACCUGAGCAGCAGCAGCAGUUUUGCAUUUGACGAAUCAUCCCCGGAGAAUCGCCCCUCCCUAAAGGAACCAAUGUCCCGCAAAACUUACAAAAAGUUUCUGGGGACUUCCUUCAUGGGCUAUCACGACGAUGACCUUCACUUGCAUGUUCUAUCGCAGUAAAGAAAGGGCUACUUUCAUGCUAUACAACGAGGCGGCGAAUGUAUUUUUCUAUGCUAUAUGCUAUAUUAUUACUCGAUAACUAUGUAUAACAAUAUAUCUUUUUGGG